GCUUACUCUCUCUUUGUGGGCUGCGUGAAGCAGAACACUUUGCUCUUCAUCUUUCUUGGCUCUAUUGACCGACUCAAGGCUAAAGUCGAGGGGUCUUUAGGGAGUUAACGAGUAAGCCAAUAGUUAAUCUUCUCCCGCUGUGCUAAAAAAUAAUAAAGCAAAAGUAAUAAAGUUGGAGACCAAGCGCCAGAACCUCAGCCUGUCCCAGUGCAAAAAACAAGGAAAGGAAAAGGGUUUUAUGCCGCAAUGGACUCUGCAAAGUUUUCCAGGAAGCUGUGGUACGCGCGCAAACAGCUCAUUCUGAUACUCGCCCCGCUACUGCUGCUCCCGCUGAUCUUCGUUAUGCCACCAAAGGAGGGCAAAUGUUUGUAUGUGGUGCUUCUGAUGGCAGUGUACUGGUGUACCGAAGCUCUACCACUGGCGGUGACUGCCAUGCUUCCCGUGUGCCUCUUCCCCACCAUGGGAAUCCUGCCUUCUUCGAAGGUCUGUCCACAGUACUUUCUGGAGACCAACUUCCUGUUCUUGAGUGGUUUAGUGAUGGCAUCUGCUAUAGAGGAGUGGGGUCUCCAUCGCCGUAUAGCCCUCAAGGUGCUGAAGAUUGUAGGAGUGAAACCUGCCUGGCUGAUUUUAGGCAUGAUGAUCACUUCCUCUUUCCUGUCAAUGUGGUUGAGUAAUACAGCCACAACAGCCAUGAUGCUGCCCAUUGCCAACGCCAUACUGGAAAGUCUGUUUGGAAAUCUGGAGACUCUAAAAGAGAACUGCAAGGUCAAGCGGGACCCAGAGGGUGAUUCUCAGGUGAAGAUGCAUGUGCUUCCUUUUGAAAAACAGAUACUAACCUCAGAUGACAGACCUGACUGGACAGACAGAUCAGAGCAAACGAAUCUGGAAGUGGUCAGAAGAGAGUCGGUAUACCAGAUGAAAGUGUGGAAAGGAUUUCUGAUUUGUAUACCUUAUGCUGCAAGCAUUGGAGGAACUGCAACCCUCACUGGCACAGCCCCCAACCUGAUCCUGGUGGGUCAGCUCAAGAGCUACUUCCCUGAAUGUGACCUCAUAAACUUCGGUUCAUGGUUUGUCUUCGCCUUCCCACUCAUGCUCCUCUUCCUCUUUCUGGGCUGGAUCUGGAUUGCUUUCCUCUAUGGCGGGAUCAACACACGACUUUGUAUUAGCAAACAUGAUGAACGGGCAGCCGCAGAAGCAAAAGCACAAGCUGUUAUUGAUGAGGACUAUAAGAAACUGGGCCCAAUAAAUUUUGCUGAAGGAUCUAUCGCUUUCUUCUUCAUUAUUUUUGCCAUCCUUCUGUUCACGAGAGAUCCAAAGUUUGUAACAGGAUGGUCGGUUUUCUUCACCAAAGGCUAUGUAUCUGACGCUGUUACUGGAAUCAUCAUUAUCUCCAUCCUUUUUUUCUUUCCAUCCCAGCGUCCAUCUGUUCGCUGGUGGUUUGAUUCAAGAGCUUCUAAUACUCCAUAUGUGCCCCUGUUGUCAUGGAGAAGAGCUCAAGAGUGUGUGCCAUGGAAUAUUAUUUUGCUGUUGGGUGGUGGAUUUGCAAUGGCCAAAGGCUGUGAGGAGUCGGGGUUAGCAGUAUGGAUAGGAAACCACUUGCAUCCUCUCGCCCAGGUCCCUCCCGCAGUCGCAGUAAUGCUCAUCACAGCCUUCAUCGCCUGCUUCACUGAAUUUGCCAGUAACACGGCCACCAUCAUCAUCUUUCUCCCUGUCAUCGCUGAACUGGCCAUCCAUGUGAAAGUCAACCCACUGUACUUCAUGAUUCCAGCAACGACUGGUUGCUCUUACGCUUUCAUGCUUCCAGUGUCCACACCUCCUAACUCAAUUGCAUUUGCCUCCGGACAUCUUAUGGUCAAGGAUAUGGUGAAGACAGGGUUUGUGAUGAACAUCCUUGGAAUUCUGUGCGUGUCUCUUGCCAUGAACACAUGGGGUCUUCAAAUGUUUAAUCUACAUGUGUACCCUGAUUGGGCAAGACCUUUGAAUGCAUCCUCGGUAACUGUGGCUACACAUACUGUAUCAGCUAUGAAUAUGACUGGCUAGAGAACAACUACAGAGAUGGACACCCUUACAAAAGUAAAUAUACUUCAAGUUAAUUAUAAUUUAUGUAGUAAGUAAUAUCAAUAUAGUAUACUUGUAAGUGUACUAUUUCAAUACUACGUGGGACUAAAUAGGCCCACUUUUUAGGCCUAUAUAAAAGUACACUUUUAUGUAUACUUUGAGUAUCAGUAGUAAACUUUGAUUACACAACUAGUUCACAAGACAAGAACGUUUUUUGUUUGUACUGCAACUACAAGAACUAUCAGAUAUACUGAUAGUUAAAGCAACGUAACAUUUUUUACCUUAAAAUAAUAUUUCCAAAAUCUUAUCAGCGGUUCAUCAAGUUGUAACAGGGUGAAAGGCACUUCUGCCAUAGCCUGACGGGGUCUGUUUCGCUUUUACUGGCACUACGGAACUCCGGGGUUCGGUUAGUAACCCAACCACAAAAAGAACUACACCAUUCGACUGCUUUACGUCAAGCGCUACAAUGUCAUUUUUCCGUAUUUCUUUGUUUCUGAUGUCACAAUACAUAAAUACAAUAAUGUAACAUACUCUACCUUGUCUGUGGACAUUGUUCAUUCCAAAGCCGGUGCUGGAUAAACAACGAGCGUGUGUGUGCGACGGUAGGCUGCAGUAGGCUCAAUUAUUUAUGACAGCGCUAAUGGACAAUUUAGUUUCCAACCAGUAGGGCGACCGCAGAGGAAAAGUUCCAUGGUGUUGCUUUAAAUAUUUUUAGCGCAUUUAUUUUUUAGUUUAUGAAAGUACACUUUGAAGUACACUCUCAGUAAACAAAUAGUUUAGUAGUUUUGCACUGCAAGUAAAUCUGUAAGUUUUCUUAACAUCAAACUUAUAGUUUACUAUUAAUACAUUAUUUUUGCACUUUAAAUAUAAUAUGUCCCUAUUUAGGUAAUUUUUAUACUUGAAAUAUACUUUACAAAUUUAGGUUCUGGGAACGUUAGUUUUUGGUUCCCAGAACGUUCCUAGAACUUUCCCUUAAUGUUAAGGGAACGUUCCUGGAACAUUCUCUUUACGUUAUAAAAUGGAACCUAAAAAUAACCUACAUAGAACGUUCCCAUAACAUUCUUCUUUGGUUCCCAAAAAAAAAAAAUAAUUUAUGGGACUAUUCGGGAACGUUAGGGGAACGUUCUGUGUUUGCUGAGUAACAAAAAGUAAAUUUGUACGUU